UGUUGUGCUUAUAGUAGUCGGUGCGCGUACCGUAGUGUGUCGUUUGACGCUGUGUUUUCACGUUUGCCACCGUUCCACCGACGAGUGUCACCUCCACGGCACGAUAUAAUAGUAUAUUAUUCAGUACAUCAAAUUGUUUUUGAUUAGUUUUAUUGCGGUCAUAUCAAAAGCGACGUUAUUACAAACUUUUACGGUUUUAUACGUGUUGUUGUUAUUAUUAUUUUUUUUCUGGGGAAAGUACAUAAUUCAGUCGGACUUAAUUAAGGAAGAAAUCCUGCAAAUUUAUUACGCGUAAGACGUGACUCCGCCGAGCGCGUUUUUGUCGUAUUUUUCGCGUGCCACCCGCACGCGGUAAUAUCGACCGGCUGCGGUGAUGUGCACGUUGUCGUUACCGUCGUCGCUGUCGCCGCCACUCGUUCAGUUCCCGACCACGACAACGGCAACGACCGCUGUCCACGCAAUAAUUACAGCGCAACUAUUAUAAGAUCAUAUUAUUACACAAACGUCGCGUCAUCAUUAUACACAGCUGCGGUACCCCUACAGGUGUAAACGGGGACGGACAGCAGCCGGACAGGAAGACUGCAGGCCCGUCGUCUAGAUAAUAGCAGAUAGUAAGCGAAAGCAGACGCUGAACCGUUGUCACCGUCGUACAGACCGACCGUCGCAGACAUGGGCUGUUUCGGUAGCAAAGACAAGUUGUCUAAAGAAGACAUGGAUUUCUUAAAAUCACACACGAGAUACGACGAAGCGACCAUUAAAGAAUGGUAUAAAGGUUUCAAACAAGAUUGUCCAAACGGCCGUUUAACACCAGCCAAAUUUGUGGACAUGUACAAAAUGUUCUUUCCAAGCGGUAAUGCAGAAGAAUUCUGCGAUCACGUAUUUCGAACAUUUGAUAUGGAUAAAAAUGGUUACAUAGACUUCAAAGAGUUUCUAUUAGCCAUAGAUGUCACAUCGUCCGGUACACCGGAGGAAAAACUAAAAUGGGCUUUCAGAAUGUAUGACGUUGACGGCAACGGAGUCAUCGAUAUUCAAGAGAUGACAAAAAUCGUCCAGGCCAUCUACGAUAUGUUAGGUGCAUGCUCAUCUAAUCGUCCGGCUGACUCAGCAGAAGAUCGUGCUAAAAAUAUAUUCGCCAAAAUGGAUGAGAAUAACGACGGACAGCUGACCCAGGAUGAAUUCCUUAAAGGCUGUCUACAGGACGAAGAACUAUCUAAAAUGCUUGCACCAUAACCACUGCCUCGGCUGGCGUGAAAGCCCAAUAUAAUAUAUUUCGCCGCAUUUUUUUUGUAUAUCUUUUUCUCUUGCCCCGUAGGGUACGCCUUUGUUGGUGCCAAAAAAAAAAACAAAACAAGUCAACCCGUUUUUUCUAAAAAAAAAAAUUGAAUAAAAAAAAAACAAAAAAUUAAAAAAAAACGAAUUGUUUUCUUAUGGUUAUAUUUUCUCUAAUAGGGUAAUUUAUCUACGAUACAUAUGAUGUUAAUGCGCAGGUUGCCAGGUGGUACACGUCUUAAAUCUUGUGGGGUGUCCGCCUUCUUUCUUCUUGGGUCGAUUUGCAUUGCAUGGUAGUAUAAACACAUCGGCAAACCUCCAAGGCCUUUUUCCGAUUAAUGAUUUCCCGAAACUCAAGUUAGCUUCCACUUCACCUGGUGACUUAUUUGUGUAAAUAAUUUUCUGCACAUUCCCAUUUAUAAUUGUUUGUUUCUUUUUUAUGAUUACUAUAAUGACGACGGAGACUCAAUUAAACUCUGUUAACCUGCAUUUUUAUUUUAAACGGGUUUCAAUCAGUGCAAAGUUAAGCUCAAAAAUGAAAAAAAAAAAUAUUACAAAACUCGAUUACGUUCACCGGAUAUGAAAACUCCGUAAAAAAUAAACAAAACCAUUUUCGGGGUCAUUUUUAUAGUUUUACUUCAAUAAUAAUACUAUUAAGGUAAUUGACUGUAAGAAAACACACAUAAAAAAAUAUAUAUAACAAAAAGGAAAAAACUUGGCUUAUAAUGGGGUUUCCAAAUAAUGUUGGGUUCAAAAAUCGUGUCAUCGAGUGGACCAUUCGUGUAUUAAAACUGUCGGGAACUUUAUGUUCAAAAAUCAAAAAUCCUGCACAAAUAUAAUAAUCAUGCGACGAAAUCGUAUUUUAUUAUUAUUGAUUACCUUUGGCUAGUUCAUUAAGCCGCUUGUAAUUUUAAGAUACAUUCUCUUGGACCAAUAUAUUUAUAUUAUCUAAUCACAUUAAUUUAUAACUUAAUUUCUUAUCUAUUUUUUCGUCGAUGGUGCACAUAUAUUGUUGGAUUCCAUUAGCAAUAAAUCGCAACCAAAGUGUCUGUUACCAAAUUAUGAUGUACGUUUACUUUUUAUAUUUAUAAUUAUUAUUUAAUUAAACAUAUUAUUAUUAUUAUUGUUAUCAUUUCUAUACCUGUUACUUCAUUUAAAUCAUGCAUUUGUAAUAUGUGAUGUGUAUGUUAUUAUAGUGUACGGCCAAAUAUUAAACCAUACAUUUUCAUGUUAUAUUCAAUUUAAUUACUUUUAAAAUACGCGAUUGUAAGUGUGAAACGCUUUUUUUUUCACGAAAAAGGAUACUCACUUAAUAUUUAUGUUAACGCUUGACUUGGUUAAACUUUUUGUGUGUACAAAACCUGAGUAAUUCAAGCAUUACUAUUUUUAUUUUUUCCAUCUCAACAUAUCUUAUAAAUAUUAUUACUCUUCAGUCAACGAAACAUAUUCAACGAAAAAAUUAUUUAGACAAUUUGAGUACAUGUAAUAUUUUUGUAGCCAUUUCUUAUAUUUUAUUCUAUACAUAUAUGUCACAACAAUGUAUUUUAUUCUUGUUCACUGUGUACGAGCGUACAUUAUUAAUAAUCUAGAAAAGUUUAUACAAAUUUUAAAAAACUUAGGGUUAAUUAUUAAUCGAGAAUUUUUCUAUACACCAAUUUGUAUAAUCUAUUAUUAUUAAUAUUAUUAUUAUUAUUCUAAUUAUAGAUGUUAUAAUAUACAUAUAGUGUAAAAAAUCUGUGUCAAGUGUUGUCCUUAAUAGUAAUUUUAAAAUCCAAUGAACUAUAUUUUCUUUACUUAUGUAUGUGUAUAAGUGUAAUGUAUAUGAGUAUAUGAAUGUAUAUUAUAAUAUAACAUAAUACAUAUAUUCAUAUUUAUGUACGUACAUACAUAAAGAAUUUAAAGUCAUAGUUAUACAUUUAUAAUAGGUAACAAUAAUGUCUAGCUAUUACAUCAAACAGACCAACUUAUUUUAAUUAUCUUAUUUUAUUUUAUACAAUACGUACAUUUGCUUGCACAUAUUGUAAAAAAUAUUCAAUGUGGCAACAAUUUUUAUUUUUAUUUGUUAUACAUAGGCUAAGUUUAAAUUUAAAUAGCUUAGACAAUUAGUUCUUAAGGUUAGGAAAUGUUACGUUUCUUUUCUGCUCUGAGCGCUGUGUAUGGUUAACAGAUGAAUCAAAAACUAAAAUUUAUUUCAUUCUGAUGUCUCAAAACAA